ACCUAUUUUGUUUUAUUUAUGUUAACUAGGCACUUAAAACUUACGCACUACUGUACAGGAGGAUGGCAGAAAUUAUUUCUUAUGUUUUCAUCGAACGUUUAAGUUAGACUUAGAACACUGUAUUUGUUCAUCUAAGAAUCGCAUGUUACGAACGAAAAGUAUGAACUAACUUGAGAAGUUUUGAUCAAGACAAACUGGACUUUGUUUAGUUUGCUUGGGUUAAAGCAGUUAAAGUUGUUGUAUUCUUGUUGACAGUUUUAGAAUUAGUCAACUCAUUGCUGAACUGAAACUUGAGAGUUAGGAACGCAAGUUCAAGGAAACUUGAGUUAAAAACUUUUUUCUAGAAAUAUCCUUUCAAAAAGAUAUUUUUAAAUCUCUUGAAUGUUACAAUUUUUUUAGAAAUAUUUAAUAACUCUGAAAAAAUUGUUUAAACGUGGUUUAAAUCACAUUUGAAAUCAUCUCAUAAAGCGAUUUAAGACAUUGCAAGCAACAAAUCUAGAAUUUUCUCAUCCUCCUGUUGGUAUGCAUGCUUCAGUGUUACUUUUCUUUGAACGUUUGUGACGGAAGAUUAUCUAAAUUAUGAUGACCUGGAAAAUGGUAGGUGUGUAAUUGAGCAUCUCUCCCCUCUUCAGGUUUUUUUUUUGUUUUAUUAUAGAGACUUUACACCAUUGUGCAUUCAUCUCUUCAAGGUGGAUAGUGGAAGAGGAAAGGUUACCGAGUUUUAAAUCACUUGUCUGGCUAUAUUUCAAUAAUUGUUACCAUGCCUUUUUUCUAAAUAUUUCUGUCUAUGUUUCAAAUAUUUAGCGGAAAAUUUUGAUCUUAAAUUAUCAAGUUCUUCAAUUUUAUCUUCGUCCUCUUCUUCCAGGGAUUUAACAGUUAUCUCAUAACACUUAUUCCUAUAAUAUUUUGCUUUUAUGACAUCUUCGUCUUCUUCAUCUGUUGAUUCUUCUUCAGCCAUCUCUCUUCGUUUUGUUGUCAAUUCGUCAUCCGCGUCCAAAUAUGCUUGUAAGCGCUUCCGGGUUUUGCGAGUGUGCUUAGAAAGCACGGUCUCGAAUCCAUCGUUGUCUUCUUCGUCAAUUUGACUCGUUUGUUUUGAAUGUUGGUCUGAUUUACUGUUGUUGCUUUUACUGCUGCUGCUGCUGCUACUUGGCUCAGGUUCAAUCGGUGGUGUACUGCUUUUUUGGUUCACCUUUUUAGUUGAAUCCGCACAUUUUUUUGUUCUUUGCUUUGAGUUUGCAAAGCGAUUUUUUGCCUAUAAUCGUCACUGUUGCAGCACCAUUGUUUACAGUGAUUGAUUUCGGCGCUGGCUGUUUCAGCAACAUCCCACUAUGGGGUUUCAGGCGGCCAUAAAUCGAAAAACCGACAUACUCUAAUUAUUUUUUUGGUAUUUUUUUCGAAAAUAAACAUUCUAACUAAGAAAAAUCCGGAGUUUGAAAGUUGUAGGAUCAAAAUUCACUGAAUUGCAGACCUUCAAAGGCAAAAAUGGUAAGAAAAAACAUGUUUUUUGACAAAAAAAUGAUUAUUUUUCAUAGUUGUACUGUGUAGCUGUUUAUGUAUUUUUUCCUGCAUCAUUAUAUAUAUUCAGAAAGGUAAUUGAUUCAACUUUUCAAUAACAUUUUUCAAAACACACUUUUACACGCUAAAAAAAAAUAAUAAAAAUCAAAAAAGAUGGAUUAUUAUUCAAAAUUUAGUUUUUUUCAACUUUGUUAAUGGAGUCCUUUUUUUGUGUGCAUUUGUGCGAUCUGAAAAUUUUGCAGCCUAAAAUUUGAACCAUGUCCUAACUUGUCUCUAAAUUUCAAAGUGCACUUAUGUGCACUUUUUGAGUUAUGCCAUUUUGAAUAUUUUGAUUCAUGCAGGAAAAUUAAUGAUUUCGCGUAUACGCUUGGUUAAAAGCAUAUUAUUUUACCUGCUGAGGAAGAAAUAAUGUACCUACUAUGCAUGUUUUGAAAUUGAUUUGAUAUUCAUGACUUUGUUGGUACUUAGGUACGUUUAUUAAAAUUAGAAAUUCAUUCAAAGAGAGGUGGAUUUUAACUCAAGAAGAAGGGGAGGGAGAUUGAACGUAAAUCAGAAACUUUAACAUAGCAUAAACCGCCAUUCCGUGCAUCAAAUAGACAGAGCAAGAAUAUUAAAAUUCACCACUUUAAUGCAUGUGGCCUCAAAUAUAUGAAAAAAUCGAAAAUUAAACUUUUUUUUGCAAAAAUAUCAAAAUUCAUUUGUUUUCAUUAUACUAAGUACAAACAACACAAAAAAGUCACAAAAAAGCAAAAAAAUAUUUUUGGCCGCUCGCUUAUAUGGAAAUACCCCAUGGUGCAUCCGCAGGGUCCGAACUCCAUUUGGGAUUCCUGGGAAGAAGUUAAUCCAGCGGUCGUUGGUGAUGGUCAAAAUUUCGCCGUAUUUACUCAUCACUUUUACUACGUCGUCAUUGCUUAUGCCUAGAGGUAGGUCAAGCACACGAACUUCCGUAGCGUUGUUGUCCAGGUAAAUCGGGAUUUUGCAACCCUGAUAUACCAGAGGUUUGUCGAUGAUGGACGAGGCCACUGCUGAGUCGGCGAACUGCAACACGGCUAUUCUUCUUCUAUUGCAUAAUUGCAAUGCUCGCAAGUUUUCUUGGUUUACUUGAAGGUCUGCGAGGAAUUUUUUUACAAGCUUCGGGCCUGGUUGGGUUUGGAGUUGACAAAAAUCCAGAACCACACUGUUUUUGUCUACGGUGCACAUUUUAAAAAAGCGGCGACGCGCACACAAACUGCGGACUGGCGUUGAUAAUGCGACUUGUAAGGUCGGCGGUUACUUUGCAACUCUCUUCAGGCUUUACUUUGAAUGUCGUCGUGCCUUCCGAGCUGGAAUGCUGUAGGAAAGUCACCCUCCUAGUCGGCGUGCUUCCCAGGCUGUUAACUUUUCUACAGGAGCAUUGAUUGUUGAUAUUUACCUUAUAAGUGCGUUGUUUACAGAUGAUUUUAAGUUGCCUUGAUCACCAAGACUUGCCAUGCACUUACUGGUAGAAAAAGUUGUUUUUUUCCAUGACCCACGCAGAGUAUUGGGGCCGCAUUUAAAACGCGGAUUCACGUGACGAUACACUACCUUCCCUUCACUUAUGCAUUUUCGGGAGUUCUGAGAUGUACAGAAAUUAAACACACUUAGAUUUUGUUACCGAAUUUUCAACUGAAAAUUACCGAGCUCGGUAAUGCAGUUCAUUAUUGUCCAUCGUACAACCGAAAUUCGGUAGAAUUUUUGUCAUUUUGACAAAUGGUUUACCGAUCAAAAACUUUACCGAUAUUUCAACUACCGAAUUCGGUUAAAAAAAAUGUAAGUGUGCAAACAUUGACAAGAAAAUUGAUUUGGCCUGAAUCAAACCUGGAUUUUCAGCAUGCUUUCGUCUGACAAGGUUCGAAUCUCGCUCGAAGUCACCUUUUAUUUUUUAAAUUUUAUAAUCAUUAUUUGACAUAACAAUUCUGAAAAGAAAUCUUAUUUUCUUCUAAAAAUGAUUACAAAUUUGUAAAUUUAAUCAUUCGAUCAACAGAACACACUCUGCUUUUCAGUCACAGUCACAAUGAAAACGCACAAUUCUCAUCAUGAAAAAUAUCAUGACAAAAUCAAUAUUGCGUAGAUCCAAACCUAUAAUUUUCACAUGCUUUAAUGACUUGCCUGAAAAACUGCAACGUUCUAUAAAAAGCCCACCUAACAACUCGAUCUCCCACACCCUUCAUCAUCAUGGAGCAGUGGCGGGGUAAGAUUGCAGUGGUGACCGGUUCAAGUUCGGGAAUUGGCGCGGCCAUCGUGGUUGAGCUGGCCAAAUCCGGCCUGGUUGUGGUCGGAUUGGCGCGGAGGGUUGAGAAAACCGAGGCGUUGAAGCAGCACUUGACGCAAAACGUGCGCAAAAAUCUGCACGCCGUAAAGUGUGACGUCAGCAAGGAGGCGGACGUUUUGGGGGCGUUCGAGUGGGUCAACAGCAGCUUGGGUGGGAUCGAUGUGAUGAUCAACAACGCUGGUGUCUUGCGGGAAACCCGUCUUAUCGAUGCGAACAACAGUGUGCCGAUUCGGGAAGUGGUUGAUACGAACAUUUUAGGUCUGGUCUGGUGCACUCGGGAGGCGUACCAAUCGAUGAAAAGGCGGGGUGUUUCGGGACACAUUAUCAACAUAAACAGCAUUGCCGGGCAUCACAUUCCAUUCGUGGGAGAUUUAAUGCAGUCGGUGAACAUCUACGGACCAACGAAGUACGCUGUAACGGCCAUUACUGAAGUUACGAGACAAGAGCUCCUAAGGGAUGAUUCCAAAGUUAAGAUUACGAGCAUCAGCCCAGGUGCUGUUGAUACCGAAAUUUUGGAUUUCGCCAAAUUUAACAUACCCGUUCUGAAAUCGGAGGAUGUGGCCAAAAGUGUGCUGUACGUGCUCUCCACCCCACCACAUGUUCAGGUACAUGAACUGAUGAUAAAGCCUGUUGGAGAACGGUUCUGAAUGCUUGCUCUAUUUUGGGUUUCGUUCACUGCUGAUCUCAACUACCGUAAACUGGAGUGGAUCGGGAGUAAAGUCUGAAUAGAGACAGCAGGUUUAUUUCAACAACAUAAAAUUAAGCUAAUGACAUGAAAUUCAAAUUAUAAACUUGGCAUGAAGGGUCCAGAUUUUCGGUACAAAGAGAAAUUUUAUUUUUUCUUUUUUAUUUGCCAUUUUUGAUUUUUGAUUUUGACUCAACCAUUCAAUAGUUAUAACAAAACAGCAAACAUUCAAAGAAAAAAUCUCUUGCAUAAAGUGUUAUAAUAAAUUUUUUGCCUUCCUCAACUUACUGAGGAAAUGCUAUAAAAUCACUCGAAAAAUGAACUUUUUAAUUAGACCUCUUAAACCUA